AUGAUUAAUUAAUUGAUUUACACAUAUAAUAUAAUUUUUUUUAUACAAAAUUAAAUUAUUUUCUAAUUGAUAUUAUGUUUUAUAUAUAAAUAAUUGUUUUUUUUGACAUGUUAAAUACUCUUCAAUGUAUCUUAUACUUAAAGACAACAGCUUUAAGCAUGUUUAACUAGUUUUUUCUUUAAGCUAAUAUAUGACCAAUUGUGGGAUCAUCCUGCAUUUCUGCAAGAGUUGGUUUUCUCUUGUUCUUCAAUUGGAAUUAAUAUUACCACUCUCUUAUAGUUUCUUCUUCAGCAUUCAUAUUUCUAUGAAUAGAAGCGGCAUCUGGAUUAAAGAAUGGGUUAUCUUGAUUGGAAUAAACGAAUGUCUCUUUAGUAUGUCUAACAAUUUCAUCUUCUUUUAAAGACUUUUCUUAUACUUUAUCUUUGA